AUGGCUGCCGUGCCUGCUGUGAAGCUGGAGAAUGGCGCUUCGGUACCAGUGCUUGGAUACGGGACAGGGACAGCAUGGUACAAGAAGGCCGGAGCCAAAGACAUCGACCAGGACACCGUUGAUGCCGUGGCGACGGCCAUCGGGACGGGAUAUAGACACCUCGAUAGCGCAGAGGCCUACGGGACGGAGAAAGAGCUGGGAAUCGCUAUAAAGGAGAGCAACGUGAAGCGGGAGGACUUCUUCAUCACGGCCAAGGUGGAAAAGGGCAUCGGUGAUAUACAAGAUGCCAUCGAGAGGACGCUGCGGAACCUGCAGGUGGACUACGUUGACCUAUACCUGAUCCACGAGCCCUUCUUCGCCCAAAGCGACGAAGAACUGCAGUCCAAAUGGGCCGAGAUGGAGCAAGUGCAGCAGUCCGGCAAGGCACGCUCGAUCGGCGUGUCCAACUUCCUGCAGCCCCAUCUGGAGGCGAUCAUGAAAACCGCGAGCAUCAAGCCGGCCGUGAACCAGAUAGAAUUCCAUCCUUACCUGCAGCACGGGGACCUGCUGGCGGUGCAUAGACGACUGGGCAUCGCGGUGGAAGGGUACGCUCCGCUGACGCCUCUGACACGAGCAAAGGGCGGCCCCGUCGACGGAGUCGUCAGUCGGCUGGCGAAGAAAUACGGCGUGAGUGAAGGGAAUGUGCUGCUCCGGUGGUCUAUCGAUCAGGAUGUGGUGACGCUCACGACCAGCAGCAAGGAGGAGAGGCUGAAGGAGUUCCUGGACGUGGUGAAGUUUAGGCUGACGGCGGACGAGGUCGAUGAGAUAUCUCGACUGGGCAGGGAGAAGCACUACCGGGCCUUCUGGAAGAGUAAAUUUGAUCCCGAUGAUCGAUCGUAAUGAUACUAAUAGUGAUAAUAACUAGUUGGUUGGCUAUAUUGCUGAGUUGUUAAGAGAGUUGUGAUGUGAUAUAGACCGGGGGAGAUGGCUGCAUAGUUCGCCAACCAUCGAACAGCCUGGAUGCUAUAUUAUCCAAGUAUCAACCGGGCACUGAAGCAGGUAGAUUCUGGCCUCGUCAGCCGUCGCACCAUCUGAGUCCAAGACGUUUGAAGUUGAAUGAGGGUUCCUUUCCCAGGCCGGCGAGAUGUAUCUCCAACCUCGACCAGCAAACGCCGUAGAAGACGUCCACACACACACACACACACACAUGUAUAUAUAGGGAGAGAGAGAGAGUCCCUCAUGCUAGACUCCUGCCAUCCAUCUCGUUGUCGUGUAUGUAUAUAUAUAUGUCAUGGAUAUAUAUGUAUAAGGGUAUCGAGAUGGCCGCACUUGAUGCCUGCCAACAGCAGCCUCACAGCCAGCAGCCUCAAGUCGACCAGCUAGAAGAGACAGCAGUCAGCCAGAGCCUUCACAAACUAUGCAGUAACCAACCACUUGCCUCUCAUCCGGUCUGUAGACACCAUGCAUAACCAACAUCCGCCGGCGGCCGCUGCCAAAUGAUCUCGUCAAGUGC